AUGCCUCCCGACAUUAUAGAGCACAUCAUGUCAAUACGACUCCAGACCAUUGCUCUGCUCUGCAAUGUGUUUCGCGACAUGAUUCAGAUUCUUUUAGUGGUUGAUGAAGGCCCACGUGGUGCUUGGCUUUCAAAUUGGCACUCAACCAUCACAACCCUAAACAUGUGCAGCGACUUCGUUGUAGUAGAUCGCCGCGGUGAUCUUAGACUCGAAGUUGGCCGCGAACCUGGGACAAGAGAUGACUCUUGGCAGCGUGCCGAGUUUCUGGUCUGUUCUCGCACGUUGGCCAGAGCAUCACCGGUUUUUGAUCGCAUGCUGCAUGGUCCUUUUGUCGAGGCAAAGCACGAUCCAAAAGACUCGGCCGGCUGGCGUGUGGUUCUUCCAGAUAACAAUCCCGCGCCUAUGGAAGUUUUUUUGAAUAUUGCGCACGCAAAUGUUGCCCGCAUCCCUCACAUUUUAUCCGUCGACCACCUGUACGAUCUCGCGGUACUAACAAACUAUUACGACGCAACGCCGCUCCUUUCGCCUUGGAUCGAUGUCUGGAUAUCAUCAACGUCGGAAAUCUCAAGAGACGCCAACAUGAUCCAGCCCAAGUUGCUUUGGAUAUCCUGGGAGUUUGGGCGCACGGAGACCUUUCGCAUAGUUGCGCACCGGUUGUUGAUGGAAGAGCCGCCACGAGCCAGAAGUAUACAUGAGGGUGAUGAAGUACAAGCUCCGCAUAUACUUGAAUAUAUCGACUCGAUUCGGAUCCAAGCUAUUCAGAAGCUACUGCAUGUAGUUCGCGACGUCACCGACAGACUCACCGUGGCGGAUGAAGGCCCGAGAUGGUGCCGCCAUGCGAGGCAGGUCAGACACCACCAAUGCGAGUCCAUGGCACUGGGCUCCAUAACAUUCUGUCUCGCGAGAGCUGGGCUCUGGCCGCUCCCCGCGGCCGCCGAGGUCAAGCUAAGCUUGAGCGACCUCGACCGCGUUCUUGCAAGCAUGGUCAUUCAUGACAUUGGAGAGACGACGGACGAGCCGCGGGUGGAUCAUGGGGUGUGUAAUCCACGCCAGCUGCUCAUGAAGCAAGUCGAGCAAGUCAUGCGCGGUGUACCCAGUCCAGUAGCAGACUUUCAUGUCAAGCAUUUAGAGGAGCAAGCUGUGAGGCUGCGUCAUGGGUCAGCCAAGUGA